AUGAAUAGGUACAUUGGGCUAGGUGUGCGUAGGCACUUUCACACAUUGUCACCGUUAUUUAACAGUUUUAAGCCUAUUCAUGUUUCUAAUACUCACAAAUAUAAACAAAUAUUGACCGACAAAAAUGCCUUUACUGAAGCGCAGGCGUCAAUGAUAGUUGAGUUGAUGGUUGAUGCAGUUAGAGAUGGUGUUGAACAUGUCUCUAAGGAUUUGGCUAUGCGUGAAAAACUUACUCAGCUAGCCUACCAACAGAGAGUAGACUUCGCUAAACUUAGAGAUCAACUUCUAAGUGCAGAUAGAAGCGAGUUUCAUAAUCUUCAAAAUGAAUAUGAAGGUGUUCGUAACGACUUAGAAAAACUAAGAAAUAAGCUUCGAGAAGAAAUUACAAAGGCCAAUGCCGGCUUCAAGCUUGAUUUAUCGUUGGAGAAGGGUAGGAUAAGGGAAGAGAAUAGCCAUUAUGAACUACAGAUAAAAGAAAUUGAUACAAGAAUUGAUCAAGAAGUAAAUAAUAUCAAAAUGCAGAUUGACUCGGUUAAAACCCAAGUGAUGCAGUGGCUAAUUGGUGUCUGCACUGGUACAUUUGCACUAAUCUUAGCAUAUGUGAGGCUUCUGUCAUAG